UACUGGCUACCUCUAGUUAAUUAACAUAUCACGUGACGUAAGAACCACCACCCACGUGUAGUAAACUGUAAACCGAGCUGUAAACAAGAUGUCCAGGAAUCGUCACGGUCGUGGAUCACCUCCUCACGCUGAAGCUCAUAGAGAGAAAGCAAUGCGGUCCAUAUUUGUGGCUAACAUAGCGUUUGAGACCACUGAAGAUCAAAUGAGAGCCGUUUUAUCUGAAGUAGGCCCUGUCCUCUCACUAAAGCUAAUUCAAGACCCUGUGUCUGGAAAGCCAAGAGGAUUCGGUUUUUGUGAAUACGAGGAUGCAGAGACAGCUCGGAGUGCCUGUAGGAACCUAGCAGGCCGUGAGCUCAAUGGCCGCCCAUUAAGAAUUGACAGUGCAAUGAAUGCACCAGGAGAGAGCUUUAGAUCAGCUCCAAUCCCUCAAGGACCCAUUGAGCCACCACUGCACGGUCCUGCCAUACCUCCAGAGAGUGCGCCCGAGUCCAUCACUAAAGCCGUGGCUAGUCUACCUCCGGAGCACAUGUAUGAGCUGAUGAAGCAAGUCAAGUGGUGCAUUCAGAAUAAUCCACAAGAGACAAGACAGCUCUUACUUCACAACCCACAGUUGGCGUACGCGUUGCUUCAAGCUCAAGUUGUUAUGAGGAUCGUGGAUCUAGAUACAGCACAGAAUCUACUUCAUCGUGCUCCACGAGCCCCGCCCAUCCCUUCAUCAGCCCCACCCCCAAACCAUCAUCAUCAUGAAGGGGACCGAUUUAGGUCACACCCGCCGAUGAGAGACCCUCCCCCUGGACGAGACCCCCACAGAAGGGACUGGUAUCAACCCCCCAAUAGUGGCCCCUCCCAUCCACCGAGAGGUGGACCCUCCCACCCUCCCCCGACUGACAACAUGACUCAUGAGGAUCAAGAGAAGGCAGCUUUAUUAAUGCAAGUAUUAAGUUUGACUGAUGAACAGAUACAAAUGUUACCACCUGAUCAAAGGAAUAAUAUUUUGCGUCUUAAGGAACAGCUUUCACAUGCAGCUGGACCCUAAUAACAAACUCUACCUAUUGUUACAUUAAUUGCUAAAUUCCCAUUUUCUCCAAAAUGUUGUGCCAUUGAUGGCUCAAAUA